UCUCUACCCAACACCACUCAGUUUCAUCUCUCUUAUUUCCCUUCCCUUGUUUAGUAUAAAAACCAGCAAACCCUUAAUCUUUUUUUCAUCUUCAUCUUAAUACAUAUGCAUACACAUAUUCAUAUAGUGUCUUUUUAGUUUUUACAUAUGGCAAUUGUACCAUCCACAACAAGCAUCAUCACCAUGAUGAGUAACCAAGUCAACAACAACAAUGAAAAAGGUAUAGAAGAAGAUGAUCACAGAGGCGGCCACGAGAGUCGUCUUGAAAAUGAUGAUGAAGCUGAUGAUCAUGAUCAAGACAUGGUUAUGCCUGGAUUCCGAUUCCAUCCCACCGAAGAAGAACUCAUAGAGUUUUAUCUUCGCCGUAAAGUUGAAGGCAAACGCUUCAAUGUAGAGCUCAUCACGUUCCUAGAUCUUUAUCGCUAUGAUCCUUGGGAACUUCCGGCUAUGGCGGCUAUAGGAGAGAAAGAGUGGUACUUCUAUGUGCCAAGAGAUCGAAAGUAUAGAAAUGGAGAUAGACCAAACCGAGUAACGACUUCGGGGUAUUGGAAAGCUACUGGAGCUGAUCGGAUGAUCAGAUCAGAGACUUAUCGGCCGAUCGGAUUAAAGAAAACCCUAGUUUUCUACUCCGGUAAAGCUCCUAAAGGCACUCGUAGCAGUUGGAUUAUGAAUGAGUAUCGCCUCCCUCACCACGAAACUGAGAAAUAUCAAAAGGCUGAAACAUCAUUGUGCCGAGUGUACAAAAGGCCAGGAGUGGAAGAUCAUCCAUCCUUGCCACGUUCUACAUCCACAAGACAUCAUAACCAUAACUCAUCAUCAUCAUCCCGCUUGGCCGUAAGACAACAACAACAACAACACCUUCCUUCCUCUUCUAAUCAUUCCGACAACAAUCUUAACAACAACAAUCUCGACAAGCUCUCAACCGAAUAUUCCGGCGACGGUAGCACCAUAACCACUACAAACAGUAAUUCUGACGUCACCAUAGCUUUAGCCAACCAGAACAUCUAUCGUCCAAUGCCUUUUGGUGCAAGCAACACACCAAUAAUAUCUAAUCAAGAAGAUGAUGAAACCGCAAUAGUUGAUGAUCUUCAAAGACUCGUUAACUACGGCCAAAUAUCUGGUGGAGGUAACAUCAAUCACCAAUACUAUCAAAUUGCUCAACAGUUUCAUAAUCAACAACUACUAAACGCAAAUGCGUUGCAAUCGGUGACGGCAGCGACUACAGCAGCGUUAACGCCUCAAACGCAGGCGACGUUAGCGAUGAACAUGAUCCCUGCAGGGACGAUUCCAAACAAUGCUUUGUGGGAGAUGUGGAAUCCACUAGUACCUGAUGGAAACAAAGAUCAUUAUACUAAUAUUCCUUUUAGAUAAAUUAAUCAGAUUUUGAAUAUUACCAAUUCCUUAAAUAAUGCUGCUUCAUUAUAUAUCUAUAUUAUAUUAUGUAUACUCGUUAUGUAUUUUAAACUAGUAAUAGCUAGACUACGAUUGCUUACUGGCUGCAAUUAUGUAAUGGAACUGAUUUUUCUA